CUCGGCGCGCCGGGUCAGGUGACCCGGGGAAGAUGGCGUCGCUGCUGCAGCUGGAGCGGGUGGUGUACCUGGUUCACGGCGAUAAGAAGCUGCGGCUGCCGCUCUCGCAGCUUUACUUCUGCCGCUACUGCCAUGAGCUGCGCUCGCUCGAGUGCGUCUCCCACGAAGUGGACUCCCAUUACUGUCCAAGCUGUCUGGAGAACAUGCCAUCAGCUGAAGCAAAGCUCAAAAAGAACAGGUGCGCUAAUUGUUUUGACUGCCCUUGCUGCAUGCAUACUCUCUCUACAAGAGCCACCAAUAUCCCAGCACCACUCCCUGAUGACCCAGCCAAGACCACCAUGAAGAAAGCUUACUAUCUGGCUUGUGGUUUCUGCCGCUGGACUUCUAGGGAUGUUGGCAUGGCUGACAAAUCUGUGGCCAGUGGAGGAUGGCAAGAACCAGAGAACCCUCAUACCCAGCGGAUCAAUAAAUUGCUGGAGUAUUACCACCAACUGGCACAGAGAGAGAAAAUUGAACGUGAUCGCAAGAAGCUGGUUAGACGCAGAAACUACAUGCCGCUUGCCUUUUCUGACAAGUAUGGCCUAGGUACGAGACUGCAGCGGCAGCGAUCUGGGGCUCCUAUCAUUACCCUUGCUGGGUCAACGCUGAAAGAGGCAGAAGACCACAAAGAGAUAAAGAUCGAGCCAGCCCAGCCGUUGGAGGAAGUAGAGCCGCUUCCAGAGGAUUAUUACACUAGAGCCCUGAACCUGCCAGAGGUGACCACCCUUCACCAAAGACUGUUGCAGCCUGACUUUCAGCCAAUCUCUGCAUCCCAGCUGUACCCAAAGCACAAGCACCUGCUGAUAAAGCGCUCGCUGCGCUGUCGGAAAUGUGAACACAACUUGAGCAAGCCUGAGUUUAACCCGACUUCCAUCAAGUUCAAGAUCCAGCUGGUUGCUGUGAACUAUAUUCCAGAAGUCCGAAUUCUGUCUAUUCCUAACAUGCGCUUCAUGAAGGAAAGUCAAGUGCUUCUGACACUCACUAACCCUGUGGAGAACCUCACACAUGUUACUCUUCUGCCCUGUGAAGAGGCAGACCCCGACAAUGUGCACAGCACUGCAAAGGUCAUUCUUCCUUCAAAGGAGAUUGUCCUCGCUGGAAAAGAUGCUGCAGCUGAGUAUGACGAACUGGCUGAACCACAGGAUUUCCAUGAUGACCCAGACAUUGUGGCCUUCCGAAAAUCCAACAAGGUUGGAUUCUUCAUCAAGGUCAUCCCACAGGAGGAGAGCGGCAGCGUGAAUAUCGGCUUCAAACUGCGCUUUGACUUCAAAAAUCUGGCGGCGCCCAUCCGUCAGUCAGAAGAGGGUGAGCAAAACGCCGAGGUCAUCUGGCUGACUCAGCACGUGGACCUGAGCCUUGGACCAUUGGCUGCCUGAGUCCCGGACUCGCCACCACCCCCCACCGCGAGCAAUCCAGCCAACCCACCAGUGACAACUCCUAUCCCUCGCUCUAUCCUGCACAUUCCUGAGCGGUUGCUUACAGCCUCCUGCCCUGGACGUCAGCCUCUGUGAGAAAAUAUGAGACCGCGUUGCAGUAAAUUCACCGAUGGCGUUUAACGUCUUUGCGCGCACCCCCCCCCCCCCCCACCCCGCCCCUCGCCUUGUAACAGCUGGCGCCGGGGGGAGUGUGACCAGAUUAAACACACUCUGCUCAACCUGGAAUCUGCCCCUGCUGUUGUGAGCGAGAUCUCUGGGGUUCCAUGGAAAAAUCUCUGGACUCUGAUUGGUGGGAACAGCUGGAAUUGCCCCAACAAGAUAUGGACAGAAUAGGAAGAGAUUCCAUCCAACAUCACAGCAUUGGCUACAUUUUCAGCUACUCCAUUGGCUGAGGUGCUGAAAGACCCUGUAGAAAUUCUUCCAGUUAGUUGCAUGUUUUUGUACAAUUUUCUUUUAAAACACUCUCACAUUUGGCUAAAGUUUGAAAGUAGAGUCAGUUUGAGAAUGGUCACACUACACAUUGCAGCUUGUGUGUGGACACACACUGUAUGCUUUCUGUCUCUCUCUCUCUCUCGUGCGUACUCCCCAAAUCGUGCACGCUCACGCUGUCCCUGUCCGUUCCUUGAGAUUGGAAAGACUGCGAGCAAUAUUCUCCGCAGUCUCACUCUUUAGGCAGGACUCACUUUACCUACUGCUUGCAGCUUGCUGCAGCGCUUACAGUCUAACUCUGAUCUGCCCAGUGCAGCACCAUUCAGGCAGGUGGCUGUCCUUGUGCUGCUUUGAGAGAGAAUGCAUUGACAGCGAACCUUUAAUCAAGUUCUUUUCCCAACGUUUAACCAGCCGUCGGCGCACAUUACUUAACUCUACUCAUGAAACAUGAGUCAAAGGAGAAAGACCUUUCAACCUGUUUCUCCUCCAGAAAGUGUCUGCCUGAUAUCAGACCCCUUUCCUUUAGUGAAUGUCACCCCAGUUUCAGCAUCGUCAAUCUGUGACAGUUGACCCUGUGUCCCCAGUGUCCUGUCUUUGACCUCGAACCCUCAUCCUCCAGUAACGUGUCUCCCGGACCACCCCAAAGUUCCCUGUCUCUUGUCCUGUUGACCCGCUGCCCUACCCUCGGGAUGCCGGGUGUAAGCACGUUUGCUGCUGCCAGUAACCAUUGUGCUGUGACUAUUGCUGACAUACUAGUGUAACAAAAUAAACCUUCUACGUGGACUUACAACAAUAAACACAAGAUUAAAGACC